AUGAAGUUUAUUAAUUUACUAAGUGCUUGUGCAGUGAUUUUCAGUCAGGUAGUAUCAACUUCUUCACCAGAAAUUGAGUCCGAAGAUGCCCAAUUGUAUUUUGAAGAAUUGGCCGUCAAAUACGGACACCCUGCCCAGAAAUAUGAAGUUAUUACUGAAGAUGGUUAUAUACUCGCCUUGUACCAUCUACCAGGCAGUAAAGAGGUUCCAGUAUUGCUCAUGCAUGGAGUGUUCGGGACCUCGGAUAUAUGGAUGCUUAGAGGGAAUAUCUCCCUACCGAUAGUUUUAGCAAAUUCUGGAUACGACGUUUGGGUAGGCAAUAGCCGAGGGAACAGAUAUUCUAGACGUCAUGUCUACCUCGAUCCUGACCACGACCCAGCUUUUUGGAACUUUUCCUUCCACGAAAUGGGAGUUUACGACUUAUCAGCAACCAUUGAUACAGUUAUCCAAAAAACUGGUGUAAAACAGCUCAAUACGAUAGGCCAUUCCCUCGGCACCACUUUAUUCUACGUCCUAGGUUCCAUCAGGCCGGAGUACAAUGCGAGAAUAAACGUCUUCAUUGCACUAGCACCUAUUUGCUACUUGAACCAUAUUCAACCACUUUCAAGCACGAUUGCAAAAUUCGUUCCCGUAUUAGGAGAAAUUUUGAACAAGUUAAACGUGCACGAAUUGUUUGACGAACCAACAAGGAGUAUCGUGGAGCAAUUUUGUACUUUACCAGUUGUAGGAUACAAGCUAUGUGUCGAAGAAGUUUUAUUCACAUUUAUCGGGCGUGAUCCCGAAGAGAUCUCCCCAGAAUUUGCAAGAAUUGCGUAUCCUCAUUUUCCUUCGAGUUGUUCCUUGAAGAAUGUCCUCCAUUUGGCACAAUUGCAUAAUAGAAAAGUAUUCGCUCAGUAUGAUUAUGGAUUCCUGAGGAAUAGAAGAGUGUAUAAUUCUUCUGUACCACCUGAAUAUGAUUUGAAGAAGGUGACUAUGCCCGUUGCUAUUACUGUGGGAAGAAAUGACAAAUUAUCUGAGGUAGAGGACGUUGAAACUUUGAGGAGGAAGCUGCCGAAUGUGGUGAGCUACGAGGUGUCUCCGCGCGAGGAGUUCAAUCACUUGGACGAUAUUUGGGGAGCGCAUAUGGACGUUUAUUUAUACCCCUUUAUUUUUAAAAUAUUGGAACAAUAUAGUGAGUCCUAG